AGCCGCAAAGUACUUGGAGGACUGCUCAGUGCCUGCAGCUGAGCUGGUCAAGUCCGGGCCCCGGAGCGGUUGGAAGCGAGGACUGCGGAGGAACCGCCUCCACCCGCCGGGUCGGUCGCGCUAGCCCACAGGCUCCCGGCCGCCGUGCCAGGGCUCAGGACUCAGGGCGCGGCCGCUCUCUGUGGGUCGUCCGCGCGGUCCCGCGCUGGGUCACCAUGCUGCUGCCCCAACUCUGCUGGCUGCCGCUGCUCGCGGGGCUGCUGCCGCCCGCGCCCGCGCAGAAGUUCUCAGCACUCACGUUUUUGAGAGUCGAUCAAGAUAAAGACAGAGACUGCAGCCUGGACUGUGCAGGCUCUGCUCAGAAACCCCUCUGUGCGUCGGAUGGACGGACCUUCUUAUCCCGCUGUGAGUUCCAGCGUGCCAAAUGCAAAGACCCUCAGCUGGAAAUUGCUUACCGGGGAAACUGCAAAGACGUCUCCAGGUGUGUGGCCGAAAGGAAGUACACCCAGGAGCAAGCCCGGAAGGAGUUCCAGCAGGUGUUCAUCCCCGAGUGCAACGAUGACGGCACCUACAGUCAGGUCCAGUGCCACAGCUACACGGGGUAUUGUUGGUGCGUCACGCCCAAUGGAAGGCCUAUCAGCGGCACCGCUGUUGCCCACAAGACGCCCAGGUGCCCGGGUUCUGUAAAUGAAAAGUUACCUCCACGGGAAGGCACAGGAAAAACAGAUGAUGCCGCCGCUCCGGCGCUGGAGACACAGCCUCAAGGAGAUGAGGAAGAUAUUGCGUCACGUUAUCCCACCCUCUGGACCGAGCAAGUCAAAAGCCGACAGAACAAGACCAAUAAAAACUCAGUGUCCUCCUGUGACCAGGAGCACCAGUCCGCCCUGGAGGAAGCCAGGCAGCCCAAGAAUGACAACGUGGUGAUCCCCGAGUGUGCCCACGGGGGCCUCUACAAGCCGGUUCAGUGCCACCCAUCCACGGGGUACUGCUGGUGUGUGCUGGUGGACACAGGGCGCCCCAUUCCUGGCACAUCCACCAGGUAUGAGCAGCCCAAGUGUGACGACAGAGCCAGGGCACACCCCGCCAGGGCCCGGGACCUGUUCAAGGGCCGGCAGCUGCAGGGUUGUCCUGGUGCCAAAAAGCAUGAAUUUUUGACAAGCGUCUUGGAUGCACUGUCCACAGACAUGGUCCAUGCUGUCUCUGACCCCUCCUCCCCAUCGGGCAGACUCUCAGAACCAGACCCCAGCCACACCCUGGAGGAGCGGGUGGUGCACUGGUACUUCAAGCUGCUCGAUAAAAACUCCAGCGGGGACAUUGGCAAGAAGGAAAUCAAACCCUUCAAGAGAUUCCUUCGGAAAAAAUCCAAGCCCAAAAAGUGUGUGAAGAAGUUCGUGGAGUACUGUGACGUGAAUAACAACAAGGCCAUCUCUGUGCAGGAGCUGACGGGCUGCCUGGGCGCCACCAAGGAGGAGGGCAAAGCCAGCACGCGGAAGCGCCACACCCCCAGAGGCAGCGCCGAGGGCUCCGCUCCAAGGCAGCCGAGGAAGCAAGGAUGAGCAGCUGGCCCUUCCAUGGCGGUUUCUAGACAUGUGGGAACCUCCCUCACCAAAGAGCGAUUUAAAAACAAGCCCAUAGUAUUUGCACUUUGUACUUUACCUGUAAAUCCACUUGGUAGAAACGAGAUGUUUAAAUGGACGGUUUGGAUCUGGAGUAUGGAAGGCUGGCUUCAGAGGAGUCCUCACAUACAACGUAUGUGGCCUCUGUCCACCGUGGAAACCCGCGCCUGGCGGACAGGAGUUUGGAAAGCACGGAGCUUCUCGGCUCUGCCCGGGGUAGCUGCUGGCAGCCUCCUCCAGGCCCUCUGCAGCCCUGCCUCGGGCUGCCCGCGCUCUCUCAGUCCACAGGCCGCCAGCCUUGUCCCCGCAGCUGGGGCUUCCUCGAAGUGUCACUGAAAUGGAGUUCCUAGGUCUUGCCCUGACUGUGCUCGGACUGGCUGUUUCUUGGGAUUCUGUGCUGGUCUGUUCAUUUCGCUCUCCCGAGGUCUCUCGUACCCAUGAGCCAGGUCACCAGGAAGGAUGGCAGGGGCUGGGGGAGAGCUUUCAAACUUCUUCACCUCCACUUUCAGGCUUCUGUUGGAGUUUUGCUUUGGCCUCAGAUAAGUCCAGGCAGGCGCCCUUGAGGGGCCCUUCCUUCAGAGAGGAGACCCAGGCUGUGASGAGGCCACUCCUGCCAGCUGCUUCUCUGUGCCCCCAGGGUCCCCUGGAAGACAAAGCUGUCCCURAACAAAUGGCCCACAUUCUCCCCCAGGAGGCGUGACGGCAGAGGUGUGGGCAGGGUGUGGACUGGGCCUCAGGAAAGGCUGCCGAUUCCUGCUCCGCACACUGCUGAAGCCUCAGGGCAGGGGCCUUGCCAGCAAAGUCCAUCUGAGGGUGUGGCACAAGACGGUCAGCAACUGAGUGCCCACUGUGAGCAGCAGGGUUGGCUCUCAUGGCCACUGCCACCCUGGCCCUGGCCCUAAGCGAGAGGUGUGAGGCCAGCCAGCUCAGACUUCUGUAGGAGGCCCUCGUGGCCUGGUCCCCCGCACGUGUCCCGAGCAGUCACGACCCUGAGAGUGUGUGGAGAGGCGUCACAAGGACUGUGCUUAUUGUGCAAAGGCAAAGAACAGGCCGGGAGUCCCAGGCCAGCUCAACGAACGCGCGUCAGCAUCGUCUAGGAAACAGCUGUGAGCCUAGUUGUUGUGGAUACUCGUUUAUAUUGCUGAACUUUGAAAUUAAUCAUUUUUCCUAGAUUAAAA